AUGGCCGAGUCCUUCUACGACGAGAUCGAGAUCGAGGAUAUGACGUUCGACGCGGCGCUGCAGAUCUACACGUACCCAUGCCCGUGCGGCGACCGGUUCGAGAUUGGGCUGGCCGACCUGCGCGACGGCGAGGACGUCGGCGUGUGCCCGAGCUGCAGCCUGAUGAUCAAGGUCAUUUUCGACCAGGACGAUUUGCCCAAGGACGAAGAGAAGGACGAGGGCGCGCAGCCUGUUGCUGUUGCUGCUUGA